UGUGUCCGGGUAGCUUGUCGCUGCUGCUCGAGCUGUCAGCCACGUCACCUCCCCGAAUUAACUUUUCCCCUCGGCCGCUGCAGACCCGGAGCUGAGUUUGGACUCCAGAUGUGAGAUCUAGUUUAUUUAUGUAACAAACUUUAAGACCAGAGAGCCGAGCAGCAGAGGAGGACUCUGAGUCUCUGUUAGCUUGUUGCUUUGAAGCUUUCUGACGCGUGUUUUUUUGUAAAUCUGAGUCCGGGAGGGUUCAGGUUCGGGGUUCUGCUCUGCCCCGUCUCCUUACAGGCCUGUCGAAGGGCUUUAAUAGUUCUUUCUUACUAAUUUAUUGAAGCCUGACAUUAACAACAUGAACGUGUUUCGCCUGGCGGGUGACGUGUCACAUCUGUUGGCCAUCAUCAUCCUGCUCCUGAAGAUCUGGAGGUCCAAAUCCUGCUCAGGGAUCUCUGGGAAGUCUCAGGUGCUGUUUGCGCUCGUCUUCACCACCAGGUACCUCGACCUGUUCACCGUCUUUAUCUCUCCUUACAACACGGUCAUGAAGGUGGUGUUCCUCGCUCUGGCCUACGCCACCGUCUACCUGAUCUACAUGCGCUUCAGGAACUCGUACGACGCGGAGAACGACACUUUCCGCAUUGAGUUCCUGCUGGUUCCUGUGAUCGGGCUGUCCUUCCUGGAGAACUACGCCUUCACCCCGCUGGAGAUCCUGUGGACCUUCUCCAUCUUCCUGGAGGCGGUGGCCAUCAUGCCGCAGCUCUUCAUGAUCACAAAGACGGGCGAGGCGGAGUCCAUCACCACACACUACCUGUUCUUCCUGGGUCUGUACCGAGCGCUCUACAUCGCUAACUGGGUGUGGCGUUACCACACCGAGGGCUUCUUCGACCAGAUCGCCGUGGUGUCCGGAGUCGUGCAGACCAUCUUCUACUGCGACUUCUUCUACCUUUACGUCACCAGAGUCCUUCGAGGAAGAGGAAAGAUGAGUCUGCCGAUGCCGAUCUAACCCCGGACCCUGACCCGUUCAGCCACCCACCUGUGCCUGCUUCAGUCCAGAACCUGAACACAGUCCCUGAACGCCUCCUGGAUUCAGCAGCAGGACCGACAGAGUGCCGUCAUCAUGGAGACCAACGUGUGUGUGUGCACCUGUGGAAAAGGACUUUCUGUCUUCUGUGUGUGUGUGAGAGAGAGUGUGUGUGUGUGUGUGUGUUUUUAGAUGUAAUGUGACACUGGAGAUGUGUCUCUGAGGUGAGUGUGGAACUUGAAUUUGAGUGAGCGAUUCUCUGCAGACGGGGUGUGUGUGUGUGUGUGUGUGUGUGUGUGUUUACCUUCAGGAGAUUGUAGUGUGUGUGCAGCACUCUGUAGGUUCAGUUUCACAGGGUGCAGACUCAGACCCUGAUCUCAGACCCUGAUCUCAGAGGUCCACUAAACGUUUGAUGGUUUCUGGUAGCGACUUCCUUCCUCCUCAGAGUCUCCUCACACUCCCUGAAUGGAUCCCGGUGUUUCUUCCUCUCUCUGCUGAUCACGUUACUGUCUGUGUUUCCUCCGAGUGUCUCGUCUUUUUUAAUGUGUACUUCUUCAAAAAAGGGCUCAACGUUUUGUCUCGUCUUAAUGAAGCCAAAGCUGAAACUGAAUGUUUGAAGUUUUUAUUUGAUAAACCUUCAGUGUGUCUCGAG